CUUUUGUCCAACUCACGUUCACAAACAUGGCUUCUUCCUCAGAUCUUGAAAACCCAAAUGCCUCAUCUGCCCUUCCUUACUCCUACACCCCAUUGCCCGACGGCGAACAAACCGCCGAACCCGCCGUUGUCCUCCACCCCAAAAAGGCAGUUGCCUUUCUAGUGUGUGCGUUUUUGUCUGUAGGUUUUCUAGUGGCCCUUAUAGGAAACAACGGACCAUUAGCUCCUAAGAACUUAAACACAAAUGUUGCACCUUCAACGGUGGCCACAACCGCGAAGACGACUCCAUUGUCUCGUGGAGUGGAUAAAGGUGUGUCCGAGAAAGCUUUCCGGCCUUUGUUGGGUGCGGAUAAUUCGUUUCCAUGGAGCUCUAACAUGUUGGAUUGGCAGAGAACUGGUUUUCAUUUUCAACCCGAGAAGAACUGGAUGAAUGAUCCUAACGGUCCUGUUUUCUACAAAGGAUGGUACCAUUUGUUUUACCAAUAUCAUCCGGAUGCUCCAGUGUGGGGAAAAAUUGUUUGGGGUCAUGCAGUCUCGAAAGAUCUAAUCAACUGGCGCCACCUUCCAAUCGCGAUGGAAACCGACCAAUGGUACGACGAGCAGGGUGUGUGGACAGGUUCGGCCACCAUCCUUCCAGACGGUCAACUUGUCGUUCUCUACACUGGAUCCACCAACGAAUCGGUCCAAGUUCAAAACCUCGCCUAUCCAGCCGACCCAAAUGACCCACUUUUAAUCAACUGGGUCAAGUACCCUGGAAACCCGGUCCUUGUCCCACCACCCGGUAUUGAUGACAAGGACUUCCGUGACCCCACAACUGCGUGGAAGACCCCAGAGGGAAAAUGGCGAAUCACUAUUGGUUCAAAGAUCAACAAAACCGGUAUCUCUCUGGUUUACGACACCGAAGACUUUAAAACAUUUGAGCUAUUAGAUGGAGUGCUCCAUGCUGUCCCGGGCACAGGUAUGUGGGAAUGCGUUGACUUUUACCCUAUUUCGAAACAAACCGAAAAUGGUCUUGAUACAUCCGUAGAUGGACCGGGGGUCAAACAUAUAGUUAAAGCAAGCAUGGAUGAUGAUAGGCACGACUACUACGCGAUUGGUACUUAUGACGCGUAUAAGGGAAAAUGGACACCGGAUAAUCCUACAUUAGACGUCGGGAUCGGGUUGAGAUACGAUUACGGAAUAUACUAUGCCUCCAAGACAUUUUACGACCAAAACAAAAAUAGAAGAGUUUUGUGGAGUUGGAUCAAGGAGACCGAUACUGAAGCCUCGGACAUUAGUAAGGGUUGGGCUUCUCUCAUGGGUGUUCCAAGAACAAUUCUACUAGACAAAAAAACUAAAAGCAACAUAAUCCAAUGGCCUGUUGAAGAAAUCACCGCAUUGCGAACCGAUGCAACAGUUUUCAAGAAUCUAGUACUGGAAGCCGGCGCACUUGUACCACUGAACCUGCCUGCAGCAUCCCAACUAGACAUUGUUGCUGAGUUCGAACUUGAUGAGGCGACCGUGCAACGACUAAAUGGAGCUGAUGUCGCAUACGACUGUGCCCAAAGUGGUGGGGCAGCAACACGAGGCGCUUUAGGACCUUUCGGUCUUAGUGUCCUCGCACACGAUGGCCUCGUUGAGCACACUCCUGUCUAUUUCUACGUUGCCAAAGGCGUUGAUGGAAAUCUAAAAACUUUCUUUUGUGCAGACCAAUCAAGAUCAUCCACUGCUACAGAUGUCGAUAAGUCGAUCUAUGGAAACAUUGUCCCCGUACUGAAAGGCGAAAAACUAUCAAUGAGAAUUUUGGUGGAUCAUUCGAUCGUAGAAAGCUUUGCACAAGAAGGAAGAACAUGUAUUACUUCACGAGUUUAUCCAACAAAGGCUAUAUACAAUAAUGCUCGGUUGUUCUUGUUCAACAAUGCUACAGCAGCAACAGUUACUGCUUCAAUCAAUGUUUGGCAAAUGAAGUCGGCCGAUAUUUAGUUGUUAUAUUUUCGGCAAUGUUGCUUAAAGUCCUUUUUUACUUCUAGAAGUGGAAAAAGGAGUCCCCAAUUUUCUUUUAUUCUUAUUUUUUAUUGUUGUUAUUAUUGUUUUGAAGAUUCCUCAUUGUUGUACAUGGAAAAUCAUGGACUUCAAAGAUGGAGUCAGUUGUAAAUCAGAUUUGAGUAAAUGAAAUCCUUUUUUUUUUCUAAA